AUGCUCUUCAAACGGUUUCAGCGUUGCGUUUUGAAAACAUACUUAGAGGAGCAGAGAAAGUCAUUCUUGUCCGGAAAUGAAAUUUCGUUUGCCAGUCUCUUUGACAAUCAUGAUGCUAGAAGAGAAAUCGAGAGAGACAUCCAGAUACACGUUCAACGGCUCCUUGACCAAGGCCUAGCACGGCCGAGCAUUGUGGAAAUUAGACAUUCUCCAGGCGCUGGGGGCACAACAAUUGCCCGCCGUGUACUGUGGGAUCUGCACAAGGAAUACCCAUGCGGAUUAAUCGACAUCAGCUCUCAUCACUACUUGGAUGAAGACAACGUCUUUGCGAACGCACUUGCAGAGAGAAUAUCAUCGAUUGAAGAAAUAUGCAACACAACUCCACUAGUUUUGAUCGAUGGAAAACAGUCCGGUGCUAUAGAAGGCCUCUCAAACAAACUUGCACGAAUUCUUCAAAGCAGGGGAAAACGGGCCAUUUUAUUGCGCUGUCUCCGAGGAUCAAAAGCCUCUUCAAAAGGAGUGCAGGAAAAGGAGUCUUCUCACGUGCACAAAGUGUUUCAUGUUAAUGUUAAAUUGGAAGAAUCGGUCACAGAUCUGAAUGAGUUCAAGUCGAAGUACAAAGAGUACCUGGUCACCAUUGACGAGGCACUGGUCAAGAGACAAGUCCUAUCUGGCCUAUGUCGUGUGUUCCAUUUCCCCCUUCUUUCCAUGAUGGAAGAGUUUCGUCCUAAACUUGUGAAGAUAAUCGAAGACACCUUCAACGAACUGGGCGGAAUUCAACAAGAAAUCGCUGCAGUUGUGGCCUUCUUACAAAAGUAUGCAAAUCUUCCGACCCCAGCAAUUCUUCUGCAUGAAGCUUUCAAACAGUUCACGGUCCUGCCAGAUAACAAGAAGAGUGCUACCUACGAUGAUAUUACGCAGCUUUUCUCUGAGUACCUCAUGAAUUUAAUGAUACCUGCAAAGCCAACACCUUCUGGAAACCAAAAGCCACCAGAAAGCUACACGUUUCAGCAUCCAUUAGUCGCAGACUUAGUGCUUAAGAGGGUGUAUCUAGAGCAGAAGCGUGACCUUUUUGGAAUAGUGGACCGAUUUCUUCAGUUUCCCAUCUACCAACACGAAACGCUGCUACCUGUAUUUAACGAACUGUUCAUCUACAACAAGGUCAAGACAGGACACAUCGAGAAGUUCAAAUUCUCCAUUCUGUUUGAAGAGCUGAAGAAUACUGACUCAAAUCGUGCAGCCGAAAUCUUUUGUAAAGUAGCUGAGAAGACAAAUGACUCGGUGAUGUUCGCCAACGCAGCACGAUUUUGUGCCAAGAAGGAACCUCCAUCGUUUCCAAAAGCAAAGGAACUUAUUCAACGUGCCUUGCAAGUUCAUGGAUCUUCGUCUUCAAAAGGUGGAUACAAAAAUUUGUGUCACACUAAAGGUGUUGUCCUUUAUUUUGAACUGAAGGACAUGAUCCAUAGAGGGGAAGUUGAGGAUCUGACCAGACUGGAAGCAAUGGCCUGUAAAGUUCUUCAGGCACAUCGUGAAGCACGAACCUUCCCUCCAACCUACCCGCAUCCUUUAAUUGGCGAAGUUGACGUUUGGUUGCUGUGCAUUAAAUGGAUCAUGAACAACCUUUGCAAUCACGAUGCAGAAGAGACUUUGACUUUUGUGACUAAUCGGUCUCCUCCCUUCUUUCGGACUUGCAUAAGUGAUUCUUUUCAUCUCUUGGAUGUUGUUGAUAACAUGGUCCAAAGUGUGUCUUAUCUGGCAGAUCCCGCGGAAACGAAACGGCUGUCUAACAAGUUGAGGUUGUCUUUGAUGAAGACGUUUCGCAGACGAUAUGUGCCUUUAGGCAGGCUUAAAGCUGACGAAGACAUUGUCCAGGCCUGCAGAGCAAUUUGUACAACUAAGCAUUUCCGAGAGUCAUCGCAGUUGGAGCUUAAACGACUUCAAGCCCACUUCAUGUUGACGAACAGCGAGCAGCCAAUCGAUAGUUUGAAGAAAGGAGAUCUUGAGUUCCUGCUCAAACUUCUGGAAGAUCUUGUUCUGAAAGAGGACGAGUAUCGCUUGGCUCAUCACUUGAUGAAAGUCUGCAUGCUGGUGACCGGAGCAAGAUCUUACAGCCUUGACCAAGGUCUUCACGUCUGCGAGAAAUGGUCAGUGGUCUCAACUCAUGAUUGCCUUCCAGAUUUUUACCAGAUGGUUAUCUGUUUCCUACAGAUUCUUGAUGGCAACACACUGGAGUUUAUGCCGAUGUACAUCAAAGCCUUGGAAAAGUGCAAAGAAAAAUCUCAGAAUCAUUUGCGAAGAUUUUAUGCCACAAUCUAUGUAGGCAAGGAAGGAAAAGGUAUGUCUCGCCUCAUUAGUCGCAACAAGUUACUUGGGCAAACUGACUACUCUCCCGAUAAAUUUUGGCAAGUUGAUAGCAGACGGAAAUUGCUAGAGUGCAAAGGAAGAAUUCGAGUGAAGCAAUCAAGUAACCUAGGAAAGUCAACACUCUACAUUGAGCUGGUGCAGGGAAAUCUUGAGCUUUAUGUUGGCAAGAACGCAGACAUUGGCAAAGUGGAGAGGGACUUUACACCAGGGGCAUUGGUGUAUUUUGUUGUAAGUUUCAAUCUUCAGGGGCCUGUCGCGAAUGGCAUAACGUUUUCGCCGCAGAAUCCAUCAAAUGAGUAAAAGAGGUACUCCUGAUCACUUCAGUGCAGUUCAAGCAAGAGAAAAGCAGACUUAUUCAAGUCAAAGCAUUGUUUAAAAUUGGCUGACCCCACUGCGUCACAAGUCUUAGUCAGUGAAUACUAAACUGUACGCUUUGAUGAUGUCCGCCAGAACAAUGCCAGCAGCACACAUGUGUAAGAAUGGAUUUUGACAUGACUGUGAUGUGGACGAACAUUUGUCAUCACUUUCGAUGUGCCCAGUGACGUUUCAACUCGUUAUUAACAUGAAUGUAAUGUAUAUAUCUGACCAUAUUUCGCAUAUUUCCUGCUUUUUAUUAGGAAGAUCGUUAGAUAAAGUUGUGACAGAAUUUUUCAUAGUAUAUCACCGCCAGAUUGUUUUGACAUAGCUUUAGCUACAGAGGUGAUACUUUAAUCGCCUCAUUUAUUUCUUUUUAUUUGUAUUAGAGAAAAUUGGAUUUAUUCAAGUCAAAGCAUUGUUUCAAAUUGGCUAAAUAAUGGCCCCACUGCGUCACAAGUCUUAGUCAGUGAAUACUAAACUGUACGUGGCAGGAUGGAUUUUGACAACUGUCAAUUGAUGAACGUGUUUUAUCACUUUAAUAUGUCCAGAGACAUUUUCAACUUAUUAAUUAAUGUAUAUAUUUUAUCAUAUUUGGUAUAUUUCCUGUUGUCAUAUACGAAGAUCGUUAGACAAAGUUGUUACAGAGAAUAUAACUACAUUUAAUACUUUCAUCGUCAGAUUGUUUUGCAAUAGUUUUAGUUAUCGAAGUGAUGCUAUAACCGCCACGCUUUUUACAGCAAAGUACAAAGUAAAGUUUACACAAAUUGUAGAGACCAACUAAGGUUAAGAAAGCUACUUUAGAUCUCUUUGAUCUUUUUUCACUUGUAUUAGAGAAAAGCAGACUUGUUCAAGUCAAAACAUUGUUUCAAAUUGGCUGAAUAAUGGCCCCACCGCGUCACAAGUCUUAGUCAGUGUAUAUUAAACUGUACGUGGCAGGAUGGACAACUGUCAAUUGACGAACAUAUUUUAUCAUUUUGAUAUGUCUAGAGACAUUUUCAGCUCAUUAAAUAUAAUGUAUAAUUUUAUUACAUUUCGCAUAUUUCUUGUCAAAUACGAAGAUCGUUAGACAAAGUUGUGACAGAGAAUCUACAUUGCUUUCAUCGUGUAAUUGUUUGCAAAGACUGCAUUAAGUUGACUAAGCUAGUUUGGACCAUUUCGGUCUUUUCUUUUUACGUGUAUGCAAAAUGAAUAUAGUAGGAAUUGGUAACAAUAUCGACGAACUCUCGCAGCGUUUGAUUUAGAGAGGAUCAGUUUAUUGGAUCAUUUUUACUGUUUUUAUUACAUUUCAUAGAACUUUUUGCUGUCCAACCCGGGUCUACUCGUCAAUUCGUCAAAGGUAUUCUUCAUAAUUUGGUAACAAAGCUGAAAGCAAACGAGAAAAAAACAGCAACAAACAAACCAGAUGUGAAAGAAAAACAGCGAGUAGAACAAACCUUUUGUAGUUUUUCAGCGAAUAUUUCUAAAUAAAAUGCACUUUUGUUACCACUAA